UCUACUUGAAGCCCAUUAGAUACAUUAUUGCUGGACGGCUACAAUGCAUCCAGUUUUCGUGGAUUAGUAUCAAGUCUGUUUUCUCGAACCGCCUGCUCACCAAAGUAACCUAUUUAGGAGAACUUCAAGACACAGAAAGCGUUACAAAAAAAUAUAUAGGCUACAACACAUCUGUGCUUGUUUUCUCUCUCUCGGUCGUUUGUACCAUUUAGGGCAGUGACCGGAGGUUUGCAGGAGCAAACGGCGUCUUUUCAUCCGAAAGUUCUAAUGAUUACGCAAGUGAAGGGAAUUGUCGGCACGAAUUGGACAACGGAUUGCUGUAACAGGGCCAACGGUGACUGUUUUUUUUUUUUACCUCUACACACAGAGUCGACGAAUAAGUUGAAUUGUACUGCCAACAAUAAAGGUGGAAUUACCUAAAUCUGCAACAUGGCUGCUAGUGGGAAAAGUUUAGAGUACUGACGUGGGAGAAGUUUUAUACUAAUCCAGUACAGUACAACAGGAAUUGUUGUAUAAAGUAAAUAUUUUUUUUCCCCUUCGUCGCCUCGGAUUGAACAACGCACAUAAACACUGGGUUGCCCGAUGCAUCUCUCGCCCAGUGUGGACCAUCUGAAAUCUAAAAUGCAUUUCUCCAUUCCCGAAACGGAGGUUCGUUCGGGAGAAACUGGAGCAACUUAUGUGGCCUACAACAUCCAUGUGAACGGGGUUCUACAUUGCCGGGUUCGCUACAGUCAGCUCCUGGGACUACACGAACAGAUAAAGAAGGAGCAUGGCAACAACUUGGUACCUGCUUUCCCCCCAAAGAAGAUCUUCACUCUGACACCGAAUGAUGUGGAGCAGAGACGUGAACAGUUGGAGAAAUACAUGCAAGCUGUGCGGCAGGACCCCAUGCUCGGCGCCUCCGAGAUGUUCAACAGCUUUCUAAGGAAAGCCCAGCAGGAGACCCAGCAGAUCCCAACCGAAGAGGUUCCUCUGGAGAUCUACCUGUCUAACGGCCAGAAGGUCGAGGUCAACAUCCUGACCUCCGACCAAACAGAGGACGUCCUGGAGGCUGUUGCGUCAAAACUGGACCUUCCUGAUGAGCUGGUUGGUUAUUUCAGCCUCUUCCUGGUUCGAGAAGGAGUGGACGGGGGAUUAACGUUUGUGAGGAAGCUGCAGGAGUUUGAGUUACCGUACGUAUCAGUCACCAGCUUACGAAGCUCAGAGUUCCACAUCAUCCUGCGGAAAAGUUACUGGGACACGGCGUAUGACAGUGAUGUAAUGGACAACCGAGUGGGACUAAAUCUACUAUACGCUCAGACGGUGUCGGACAUAGAUAGAGGCUGGAUCCUCGUUAACAAGGACCAGCACCGACAGCUGAAAUCACUGCAGGAGAAAGGAUCCAAGAAAGAAUUCAUUAGGCUCGGUCAGACGCUGAAAUACUUCGGCUACAUCAAGUUUGACCCGUGCGUGACAGACUUCCCGGAGAAGGGCUGUCACGUGAUCGUCUCCGCUGGCAACAACGAACUCAACUUCCAGGUCAAGCUGCCCAACGAACAGAUGAAGGAGGGGAGCUUCAAGGUCACGCGCAUGAGGUGCUGGAGGGUCACUUCGUCUCAGGUCCCGGUAGUGAACGGCUCAUCCUCCCCAACCCCGGGCCCCUGCUCCUCAGCCAAGUGUGAGGUGAAGUUGGAGCUGGCCUUCGAGUAUCUGAUGAGCAAAGAUCGUCUCCAGUGGGUCACCAUCACCAGCCCACAGGCAAUCAUGAUGAGCAUCUGUCUUCAGUCGAUGGUUGAUGAGCUGAUGGUGAAGAAGUCCGGAGGAAGCAUCAAGAAGAUGCUAAGGAAACGUCACAAUGGCCCCCUGCAUCGGUCUGAAAGUCAGCAAACUGUGAAAUCCCCCCCUCUACUGGACUCUCCUGACCCAAACCGAGACCAGAUUGUCAAACUCUCAACUAAGCUGAGCUCUGUGUCUCUCAGAGGGAUCAGCGCCUCCAACUCAGCGAAUGACAUCAGCGGCAACGAUUUCCAUGGCAACUAUGCCUUCGAGGGGAUCGGGGAUGAUGACCUGUAAUAUUCACCCCUUCACCACACCUCCACCCGUCGAACGCUGAGCCGAGCGGAUUGUCUGAUUCUGUAAGAUUGUAGCCCUUCCUGGGAGUCUGCUGCCUGCCUUAAGAUCAGUCUUGUCGUGUCAGCUUCACAAAGACUGCCAUCUAUCUUAUGUGUUUCAGGUACAGGAUGACUGACUACCCACUGCCCUCCUGUUUUACAAUCCUAUCCCCCCGUAUUCAACUUAAUAAAAUAUCAAGAACAAAUAGAAUUAAAAUUACAGUCUGCAGUCUAAUCCACGGGGGUCAUGCUGUGAAACACUCAAUUGACGUUGAAAUGACUAAAACCAAGUGGAAGCUGUGUAUCAGUGAUAAUGGGCCUACGUCUAUAGUCUCUUCACUCUGUCCAGCUUGAUAAGUCAUCUAUAGUCUAUUCACUCUGUCCAGCUAGCUAACAGUCAUCUAUAGUGUCUUCACUCUGUCCAGCUAGCUAACAGUCAUCUAUAGUGUCUUCACUCUGUCCAGCUAGCUAACAGUCAUCUAUAGUCUCUUCACUCUGUCCAGCUAGCUGACAGUCAUCUAUAGUGUCUUCACUCUGUCCAGAUAGAUAACAGUCAUCUAUAGUCUCUUCACUCUGUCCAGAUAGAUAACAGUCAUCUAUAGUCUCUUCACUCUGUCCAGCUAGCUGACAGUCAUCUAUAGUCUCUUCACUCUGUCCAGCUAGCUAACAGUCAUCUAUAGUGUCUUCACUCUGUCCAGCUAGCUAACAGUCAUUUAUAGUCUCUUCUCUCUGUCCAGCUAGCUGACAGUCAUCUAUAGUCUCUUCACUCUGUCCAGCUAGCUGACAAUCAUCUAUAGUCUCUUCACUCUGUCCAGAUAGCUGACAGUCAUCUAUAGUCUCUUCACUCUGUCCAGCUAGCUGACAGUCAUCUAUAGUCUCUUCACUCUGUCCAGCUAGCUAACAGUCAUCUAUAGUCUCUUCACUCUGUCCAGCUAGCUAACAGUCAUCUAUAGUCUCUUCACUCUGUCCAGCUAGCUGACAGUCAUAGAAAUGAAUGCUGGACAGGGAUCAUAGUAAAUUCCAGAAAUCCAUGCUUGUAACAUCAGUAGCUACAGUAGACUAUGCUUCAGAGGGAGGGGCAGGUAGCCUACAAACACACUGGCAAAGAUGUUCAGCUGGCAGGCACAGACAGACACUGGAAUUACUUCCUGAGUGAUAAAGUGAGGGCUUUGCAUUGGUGCUUUGUUGCGUUUUUUUUGUUUUUGUGGGAAUGAAAAAUACCCAGAAUGUAAAAGAGCGUUAUUAACCAGUUCCCAUGCUUUUAGAAGAACGGUUCUGUUCUGGAACAGUAUUGAUCACUUCCAUUCUCGGUUCUGGUUCUGUUCCUCAGAAAAUGUAGUUAUUUUUCUGUUCUGUUCCCUGAACCAGUUCCAACCCCUGGUCUUCAUAUAUGACUUUCUACCAUAGAGCGUCCUGACAUUCCUUCAUUCUACCAUAGAGCGUCCUGACAUUCCUUCAUUCUACCAUAGAGCGUCCUGACAUUCCUUCAUUCUACCAUAGUCCUGACAUUCCUUCAUUCUACCAUAGAGAGUCCUGACAUUCCUUCAUUCUACCAUAGUUCUGACAUUCCUUCAUUCUACCAUAGAGCGUCCUGAUAUACCUUCAUUCUACCACAGAGCGUCCUGACAUUCCUUCAUUCUACCAUAGAGAGUCCUGACAUUCCUUCAUUCUACCAUAGAGAGUCCUGACAUUCCUUCAUUCUACCAUAGAGCGUCCUGACAUCCCUUCAUUCUACCAUAGAGUCCUGACAUUCCUUGAUUCUACCAUAGUCCUGACAUUCCUUCAUUCUACCAUAGAGCGUCCUGACAUUCCUUCAUUCUACCAUAGUGUCCUGACAUUCCUUCAUUCUACCAUAGAGCGUCCUGACAUUCCUUCAUUCUACCAUAGAGAGUCCUGACAUUCCUUCAUUCUACCAUAGAGCGUCCUGACAUUCCUUCAUUCUACCAUAGAGCGUCCUGACAUUCCUUCAUUCUACCAUAGAGCGUCCUGACAUUCCUUCAUUCUACCAUAGAGCGUCCUGACAUUCCUUGAUUCUACCAUAGUCCUGACAUUCCUUCAUUCUACCAUAGAGCGUCCUGACAUUCCUUCAUUCUACCAUAGUGUCCUGACAUUCCUUCAUUCUACCAUAGAGCGUCCUGACAUUCCUUCAUUCUACCAUAGAGAGUCCUGACAUUCCUUCAUUCUACCAUAGUCCUGACAUUCCUUCAUUCUACCAUAGAGCGUCCUGACAUUCCUUCAUUCUACCAUAGAGCGUCCUGACAUUCCUUCAUUCUACCAUAGAGUGUCCUGACAUUCCUUCAUUCUACCAUAGAGAGUCCUGACAUUCCUUCAUUCUACCAUAGAGCGUCCUGACAUUCCUUCAUUCUAAAAGGGGCCUUGUGUCUUUGUCUUCAUCCGUGUCUUUUCUUUUAGCCUGUAAUUCUGUCACAUCAGAAAGCCAAGGUACGUUGUCAAUUCCAGCUCUUGAAAUGGGUUACUUAUCUGUGGAAUGUAAGUGUUAAUGUUGCCAAAAUGUUUUUCCCAAUAACUUCCUUUGUAGGGUGUUAUUGAUCUUCCCCACUUCAUAACAGUGCUGUUUUAAUGAUGAUUAGUAUGAGUUUUAAUGUGAAUCUCCAAGUACAGGUUUCAGACUUGUUAAUAUUACCAGAAAGAUGAUUGGAACAUUUCCACUUCUGGUCCUGUGGUCCACUGUGGGUUUGCCAUAGGUCGAAACGCAAAACCCACCAACCAAGUGUCAGCCUUAGGUAAUGCGACCUCACCAGCUAGAAUCUUGCAGGAGGAGAUGUGGUUUGAUUUGGUCGGCUAAACUGCUUGCACUUCCUGAACCCAGAAUUUUGCACAGUAUUACAGAUGGAGAUGGAUAUUUAUUAAGUAAUGUGGAGCAUGAAAAACAAUGGUCUGCUUCCUUAAAUGCCACCCUAUGUCCUAUAUAGUGCACUACUUUAAACCAGGGCAUUAUAUAACCCUAUUCCCUAUAUAGUGCAGUACAUAGGGAAUAGGGUGCCAUGGAAUAUUUCCAAAGGGUUCUGAAAAUCCAUAAUUUCUUGUUCUCCCCCCCCUACCCUCCUCCUCACCAAUUCGUUUUGUGGUUCUUCAUAAAUGCCAAAAUGAUAGUUUACUAAAGCAUUUUGCACAACAAACUUCUUUUUUUCUUUAAAGCCAUGGUAUAAAGUGACUUAUAGAUAGAUGUACAUGUAAAGUGAAAUAUUCUGAACAUUGUAGUAACAUCUGAAUAGUCAAUAGUUUGUCAUCAAAAACAGAUCAAAUGUAAUCAAUUGUUUACAGAAUGUUUUAUUUUAAUUUUUUAGUUGUAAUGAAAAGUGUAUUAAAAUACCAUGUCUGAUUUUGAUUAUUGAUUUGUGUUAGUUUAGCAAACAAAAGUUUUUGGGGGUUUGUGUAACAUUUUUCUUGAAUAAACAAUGAGGCAAUCAUCUCAAGAGGUGCUUAAUUGACAUAUUUAAAAUCUGUGAUCUCAUGUCCAAGGACACAGACUAAAGUCUGUGUGGAAAAAUUCAUUUACACCAUUUUGUUCAAUUGGAUUCCACCGGUGUUUAUUCAAAACAUUCCCAUUUUUGUUAGCAUCAAUGUAACCUGGAUUCCAGGCUUUUUCCUCCUUGAUGAACAAUACUUAGUCUCGUAUUACCAUAUAUUGAAUACUAAUAAAAGUUGACACGGAGAAAGUUAUAGGAGGAUCGCCUUGGGGUCCAAGAGCCGCUUGUGUUGUCUUGCCUACGGUCAUUGUAGUAGCCUGGGUACCAGUCUGUCUUAGUUAUUAGCCUUCCACUCUCAAUCACACAGAAUAAAAUGAAUGGCAUGCUAGCUAAACAGACUAGUACCCAGGCUAUGGAAAUUGAGCCAAACGGCACAAACAGAUCUGGGACCAGGCUAUGAGGAGGAAGCAGAAUGUUAUCUCAACUAGCUGUUCUGAUCAAAUGUAGCGCCAUGACAAGUCAAGGAAAUGCAAACCCAUAGACUGUUGGAUGGAUGUUUUCUGCAGAGAAUGUUGUUUGCAUCAGCCAAAAUGGCACCCUACAGUAUUCCCUAUGUAGUGCACUACUUUUUAUUAGGACCCAAUGGCACCCCAAUGUAGUGCACUACUUUAGACCCCUGUGGGAAAUAGGGUAUCAUGAUGAUUCUGUUUUGGUUUUUCCCAUCACCAUAUUAUACUGUUAAAUGGAUUUAAAUAAAAGUUUAGGUGCCAAAUUA